CCGGUUGUCUGAGACAAGUUGGCUAGUAUGAGCAUCAGUGGUGGUCUCUGUGUGUACCGAGACAGCUGUGGGCGACCCUGACGCUGGAUCGGGGGCAGGAUGGAUGCGGGUGAGAGGGGAGAGAUCUCUGGAACGGGCUACUCUCACAUAUGAUACUCUCAGGUUUGAGUAUGAAGACUUCCCAGAAACCAAGGAGCCAGUUUGGAUCCUGGGGAAAAAAUAUAGUGUAUUAACAGAGAAAGAAGAGAUCCUGUUGGAUGUGACAUCUCGACUUUGGUUCACAUACAGAAAAAACUUUCCGGCCAUUGGGGGAACAGGUCCUACAUCUGACACUGGUUGGGGCUGUAUGUUAAGGUGUGGUCAGAUGAUCUUUGCUCAGGCGUUGGUCUGCAGACACUUAGGAAGAGAUUGGAGGUGGGUGAAAGGAAAAAAACAGACAGACAAUUAUUACAAUGUUCUUAAUGCCUUCAUUGACAAAAAAGACAGCUAUUACUCCAUUCACCAAAUAGCCCAGAUGGGAGUUGGAGAGGGGAAAUCCAUAGGCCAGUGGUAUGGACCAAAUACCGUUGCUCAAGUACUCAAAAAACUUGCCACUUUUGACACAUGGAGCUCCUUGGCAGUGCACAUAGCCAUGGACAAUACUGUUGUGAUGGAGGAAAUAAGGAGGCUGUGCAGGUUCAGUUAUCCAUGUCCUGGAGCUUCAGCGUUUCCUGCUGCAGAAUCAGACUUUCUUUCCAAUGGAUAUCCAGAGGGAGCAGAAUGUACCAACAGACUAUUGCUCUGGAAACCUUUAGUGCUGCUGAUACCUCUUCGCCUUGGGCUCACAGAUAUCAAUGAAGCCUAUAUUGAAACACUGAAGCAUUGUUUUAUGAUGCCACAGUCCUUAGGAGUCAUUGGAGGAAAACCCAAUAGUGCUCAUUAUUUCAUUGGAUAUGUAGGUGAAGAACUAAUUUAUCUCGAUCCACACACGACUCAGCCUGCUGUAGAGCCUACGGACAGUUGUCACAUCCCUGACGAGAGUUUCCACUGCCAGCACCCACCCUGCAGAAUGAACAUUGCAGAGCUUGAUCCUUCUAUCGCAGUGGGUUUUUUCUGCAACAAAGAGGAAGAUUUCAAUGACUGGUGCCAACAGAUAAAAAAGUUGUCAAUGAUUAGAGGAGCCCUGCCAAUGUUUGAACUAGUAGAACAUCAGCCUUCACACUUCUCUAGCCCUGAUGUUUUGAAUCUCACUCCAGACUCUUCUGAUGCAGACAGACUGGAAAGAUUUUUUGAUUCAGAGGAUGAAGAUUUUGAAAUCUUAUCUCUUUAAAAACAAACAAGAAGCUAACUCUGCCAAUUUGUGUUGUAGGGGGAGGGGAGCUCCUUGGAGAGCCUUAGGGCGACCAGCUUUCAUAGGUGCUUGUUGACAUCCCUGCCUCCCAUCCACCCCAGCAUUCUGUGCAGCCUUCGAGCAGAGUGGAUUUCUGCAGUGGGAUCAAGAAACGGGUCCAUUAUUAAGGCCUUAAUAGUUUUAGUCAGGCUUUUUCAGCGCAAGAGUACCUGCAGGAAAGGGAUGCCGUGAUGGCUAGGAGCUGAAGAUUCUUUUUCUGUUAGCAGGCCCAACAACAAUAUUGAAAGCCCUUCUAGGUGCUUGGUUCUUACAAGGUCUAUUAUUUGGGAGAACCUAAUCCAGUUUGCUUCUCCCUCCACCUCCAUUUUUGUAGUGUGAAGUGAAAACUAGAAUAAAAUUAUACAGACACACAGCUAAAAGCCACCUCCCUAGCUCAGCAGAUCAGUGGGUGUUUUUUUUUUUUUUUGUCACCAGAGGGUACAAUCUCUCAGAUGAUGGAAUACCACAGAAGUCACUACAUGUGCUUUUGUUUUUCUCCAAUACAGUGCUUCUAUAAAGAUAGAUUAUUCCUUUUGAGUUCUAAAAUUUUCCUUUGUCAGAAACACACACCUGUAGUCUGUGAUGCCGUUCAAGAAGUAGCAGAAGCACAUCAUGUACAGCAAAUGUUACAAGACAACAUGAUCUGGAGAUGGCAACUGAGAAGUUUUGAAUUAGAGGACAUUGAGUGGCACUCGUUGAAAAUAUCAAAAGCACUUGCAGAAGAAUGAAUUGAAAGGUUAAUCAAGACACAGCUUUAUUGAACAUAGCUUAAAGCUCAUGUAGUUUUUUUUAAAUUUGUAUUAAAAAUAUUGUGGCUGCUAUUUAAGGUAGUAGAGAUGGAAUCAUCCAUGAGCUCACUAGAACUGAAAGUACCUCCAAUUCCCCCAUUUGAUUCAAUUUCCUUAUUUUUAGAGUCUGACUGACAUCUGGAGAUUGCACCCUGACAUGAGAUUUUGUUUAACACCAGAACAGUUUUAAAAUCUUGGCUUGGGUAGUGUCAGAGCCACACCCCCAGGCACCCUACCUCUCCCCUGUUGAAACACUACACAAGGCUAAAUUUAUGUUCUGUGGUGGUAUUUAAUUAUUCCAGCAUGUUAUUCUUAAUCAAAGAUUCUAAAGGAACAAUUGACACAAUUUGGCUGCUUGGAAAAGUUAAUUUACUGGUUUGCCUCCAUUGGAAAACAUGGCUGUUGUACUUGAGAGAGCUCCUUUGUUCGAUAAGGGAAUGGCUGGAGAGGGUCCACCAGUCCUAGAAGUGUUAUCUUUUUGUAAUUCUUCAGCUCCAUUGAUGGAUGCUGCUGGUGGCAAAUAUGUUUACAAAGCAUUCUUUCCUGUAUUAUCACUUAUCAGCAGCACUUGGCCUAAAGGUGGUAGUAUGAACUUCUAGAGCUGCACACAGCAGUAACUGACCUACUGAUAGUACAUGGUAGGUCCAGGUUGUCCCUUAAGCUGCCAGAAAGCAGAGGUCCGAACCACAAUGCUUAUCUGUCAUUGUUAUAACUUGCUAUCUUUCUCUUGCUGUUUCUCCUCUUGAUCAUAGACUUUGAAGACAGAGGAGAUAAGAGAAAGUGGGGCUGUGCUCCAUUCAUCAACUGCUUUGAUUUGUAUUAUCUGAAUAAAAUUAUGAGGGAAAAAA